AUGAAAAAAAAUCAAAUAUUUUCUAAAAGUAUCAACAUCAUAAGAGAUCAUCAAUAAGAAUAUAAGCCUUCUUAACAGUCAGCCUCGAAAUCAAAAUAGGAAUCUGAUGAGGAGAAUGGAAAUAUGUACGCAUCCAAAAUAAUGAAGAAGGAUAUAAGGAAGCAAAUAAUCAAGAUUAAGAAUCAUUCCCACUAAGGAAAUAUGUAAAUUCAUCAAUAAUAGCCAAAAAAGCAUGGGAUUUUGAAUAUCACAAAAGGAGGUAAAUACAAAUCUUCAUCCUAUCUUAGAAUCAAAAAAACAAAUUUAAUAGAAGCCUACUGGAUCAUUUCCAAUAUUUAUUAGGAAUAUAAAGGAGGGAUCGACGUCUAGUGAAUUAAAAUAGUUAAUAAAUGACGAUUCGAGCAUAUUAGGAAUAUAAGUAAGAGAUGGUAGUUAUCUUAGAUUAAUAACAAAUAAGGCACGAUUACAUUUUCAAAUUAAUAAUCAGCUGAUUAAGCAAUUGGUUUAUAAUUAAAUAUAUUUUAUUAGAACUUAUAAACAACUACAAAGAAAAUGGUCAUUAAAUGAGUGCUGUACCAAAUUAUCAGCAAUCCAACAAAGUCAUCGUAUUGGGUUAAUUUUAAUCAGGCAGAGGAUUCAAAGAGGAUGGGAGACUGAGAAUGGAUGCAAAAGAAUCGAUUUUUGAUAGAAUACAAACCAAAAAAUAAUGAUGCA